AUGGCGGACCAGGCAGAGACCGAGACUAUCGGGUUCGGCGACAACAGAAUGGCGCAGCAGGCAGUGCGGUUCCGCGGCCCUUCGCCUGCAUCCGCACCUGCAUCUGCACCUGCCCAGACUCAAGUGUUACGAGGCCCACCACCACUCCUUAGGCCACCGCCACCCCCUUUUGGAAUGAUGAGGGGACCCCCACCGCGACCCCCAUUUGCACGCCCACCCUUUGACCCCAACAUGCCACCCAUCCCACCUCCAGGAGGCAUGCCGCCACCCAUGGGACCCCCCCAUCUACAGAGACCUCCGUUCCUUCCCCCUCCCAUGGGAAACCUGCCGCCUCCACCAGGAAUGCUCUUUCCUCCUGGGAUGCCCCCCAUUCCUGCAUCUGGAACCCCUCCACUCAACCCCACAGAGGAGAUCUGGGUAGAGAACAAAACACCAGAGGGGAAGGCAUAUUACUACAACGCCAGGACCAGAGAGUCAUCGUGGAGUAAACCGGAUGGUGUGAAGAUCAUCCAGCAGUCUGAACUCAACCCUCUACUUGUAGCUGGGGCUGCGGGGACGGGUGCAAGUGCCGGGGUGACUGCAGCUGCCAGCUCAAGUAGUGUCAACACUACAGCCAGCACGGCAGCAGCAGCCCCCCCUACCCAAGCCCCGUCCACAACCCCCUCCCGCACACUUACCUCCAGUCCGGACUCCACCACAACCCCCUCCCCCUCUGUGACCAUUGCAGCCACUGUUGUAGCAGACCUGAACCCUGUUGCCACAGUGACCUCAACUGUUGCUGUGUCUCCAGUCACUGUGGUAACAGUUUCCACGGUGCCAUCACCUGUUACGGCAGUGCAGACCGUGCCUCUGCUGCCUGCAGCCCUGCCUCACAGUGUGGCCCAGCCCACCGCAGCCAUACCUGCCUUCCCCCCCGUCAUGGUGCCACCUUUCAGGGUGCCCUUGCCGGGCAUGCACAUCCCACUACCAGGUGUAGCAAUGAUGCAGAUAGUAGGUGCACCCUGUGUAAAGGCAGGCCCCAGCGCCAACGGCAUGCUUCCAGGCAUGGGCCCGCCUUUAGUUUCCAUGAUGCAUCCACAGCUGGCUCUCUCAGCAGCUCCUGCCUCCAUGGCCGGAUCCUUGCAGCUCCCCGAGUGGUCGGAGUAUAAAACAGCUGAUGGGAAAACGUACUACUACAACAACCGAACACUGGAGUCCACCUGGGAGAAACCACAGGCCCUAGUGGAGAAAGAAAAAGAAGCAGAAAAGCUCAAGGAGCGUCUGGCCCAGGAGGAAGCUGAAGCAAUGGAGAUGGAGGAUGAGCAGAACAAAACAGAAAAUACUAAUAAUGAAAAGGAUGAGCCUAAAGAAGAGGAGAUGACGGAGGAGGAAAAAGCAGCUCAAAAAGCGAGGCCUAUAGCCACCAACCCUAUCCCUGGCACACCAUGGUGUGUGGUAUGGACAGGCGAUGAUCGCGUGUUCUUCUACAACCCAACAACACGGCUGUCCAUGUGGGACCGGCCUGAGGAGCUGGUUGGUCGAGCUGACGUUGACAAACACAUCCAGGAGCCACCGCACAAGAGAGGCCUGGAGGACAGCAAGAAGACAGGUAUCAAUAAGGAGGAGCCAGAAUUAGCUAUUGCGACUGAAGAGAAUCAGGAUGAGGAGCCAACCAAAGCCAAAAAGAGAAAGAAGGAGGAAAUGAAGGAAGCAGACUCUGAGAAGGAAGCAGCAAUGGAGGCAGAGCUCAGAGCUGCCAGAGAAAGAGCUAUAGUGCCGCUAGAGGCCCGGAUGACCCAGUUCAGAGAAAUGCUGCUGGAGAGAGGGGUGUCUGCAUUCUCAACUUGGGACAAAGAGCUUCAUAAGAUUGUGUUUGACCCACGUUACCUUCUGCUCAAUCCAAAGGAGAGGAAACAGGUGUUUGAUCAGUAUGUGAAGACGCGAGCGGAGGAAGAGAGGAAAGAGAAGAAGAACAAGCUGAUGCAGGCCAAAGACGAGUUCAGGAGGAUGAUGGAGGAGGCAAAGCUCACACCUAGAACAACAUUUAGUGAAUUUGCAGUAAAGCACGGCCGAGACCCGCGAUUUAAGACAAUAGAGAAGAUGAAGGACAGGGAGGCUAUCUUCAUGGAAUUCAUCACUGCUAUGAGGAAAAGAGAGAAAGAGGACUCCAAGUCGAGAGGAGAGAAGGUGAAGCAAGACUUCUUUGAUCUCCUCAGUGAGCAGCACAUGGAGGGAAGCCAGCGGUGGAGCAAAGUAAAAGAGAGGCUAGAGACUGACCCGCGGUACAAAGCUGUGGAGAGCUCGGCACUCAGAGAAGAACUUUUCAAACAGUACAUGGAAAAACAAGCCAAGAGCGUGGACAUCGAGAAGGAGCGCGAGCUGGAGCGGCAGGCUCGUAUCGAAGCCAGUCUCAGAGAGAGGGAGCGGGAGGUGCAGAAGGCCCGAUCAGAGCAGACCAAAGAGAUCGACCGAGAAAGGGAGCAGCACAAGAGGGAGGAGGCCAUCCAGCAUUUCAAAGCUCUCAUGUCAGAUAUGGUACGGUCUUCAGAUGCAACAUGGUCAGACACACGUCGUAACCUGCGGAAGGACCAUCGCUGGGAGUCAGCGUCACUGCUAGAGAGAGAGGAGAAGGAGAAGCUGUUCAACGAGCAUGUAGAAGCCCUGGCCAAGAAAAAGAAAGAACAUUUCAGGCAGCUGCUGGACGAGACCAGCAUGAUCACUCUGACAACCACAUGGAAGGAGGUGAAGAAGGUUAUCAAGGAGGACCCUCGCUGUAUUAAGUUCUCCUCCAGUGACAGAAAGAGACAGCGGGAGUUUGAAGACUACAUCAAAGACAAGUACAUCACAGCCAAAGCUGACUUCAGAACCCUGCUAAAGGAGACAAAGUUCAUCACAUACAGGUCGAGAAAGCUCAUCCAGGAGUCAGAGCAGCAUCUGAAAGAUGUGGAGAAGAUCCUUCAGAAUGACAAGCGGUACCUCGUUCUGGAGUGUGUCCCCGAGGAGCGCAGGAAGCUCAUCAUGUUCUACAUUGAAGAUCUAGACCGCCGCGGGCCACCGCCUCCCCCCACCGCCUCUGAGCCCACCAGACGCUCUACCAAGUGACCAAUGACAUCAUCUUCUCUGCCGGUGCCCUACUCCUCCUUGCCCUCCCUUUGGCCAGAGCAUGACCUCCCCAACACCCCCUGAACCCCGCCCUCCAGGCCCAUGGCUGGCCUCGCAGUGUUAUUGCUGGGCGGUGAUGUUGCUUUCAGAUGUACCAUAGAGAUGAACGGUUAAGGUCUCUAUGUUAUGUCGCCUCUUAGCCCUGAAAUAGCCCUGCAUUUAAGGCAACAGCAGGGAACAGAGGUUACCUGAUCUAAAGGUGACCCUUGACCCCUCACCUCUGACUGACCACAUUAGAGGGAGAGGGAUAGUGAUAUGGCUGCUGCCCAUGCAGCCACAGAGGUGUAAGAUAGCUGAUGUAAACGAAAUGAGUGUGUGUGAGUGUGCGUCUGUGUGCGUGCGUUUGCGCGCGUGUGUGGUGCGUGGACAAGUGAGUGUGUGCAUGUGUCUGAGGCGUCCUUAAGCCUUACUGCUCCACUGUGCCAGUCAUUGUUUCAGCGGCUCAGUGUGAAUGUUAGUUUCUGCUCAGUGGUUUACUCCGAUGUCGCAGCAGUUUCACUGUUGAAUGAAUAAAAGCAACUUCCAUUGUUUUUCAA